AUGAUGGCGGUGGUCAGUGAAAAGGCAGAACUGCCGGUAAGUAAGGUGCACUCAUUUUAUAACAGAGCCGUCAAACUGGCAGAGGUGUUGAAAGACAAAAUGCAGCAGGCAAUUGUCUAUCGUGACUGGAAACUUUAUUUGGAGAAGCAGGAAACUCGGGACAUUUCUGAUCGCGAUCUGGUUUACCGACGAGCUGAGGAACUCUGCCCAUUUUUGGACGAAGGUGGCAGCAGUUCUUCGCCGGCACUCAUAGAUGACUCCCAUGAUGAAGAUCUGCCUAACGGAAUAGAAAUCACCUCUUCCAGCAGCUGUUCCUCUGAAGAAAGCAAUGAGGAAAUGGAGAAAAGCGAGGAAUGGAAAUGCGUCAAGGUACGAAGACAGGGCUAUACGGUGAAGAAAAAUCCGCUUGGCGAAUCUGAGCUACACGUGGCAGCCAUCAAUAACGACAUCAAGACGCAUCACCCUUUGGAUAUCACCGAUAAUGCUGGAUGGUCGCCGUUGCACGAGGCUUCAAACAAAGGAUUCACUGGUAUCGUCGAGAUGCUGCUCAAUGCCGGUGCAAACGUGAAUUUCAUCGGUUGUGACGGCGUAACGCCGUUGAUGGAUGCUGCAUCGAACGGCCACUUGGAUGUCAUGAAUCUCUUGUUGAAAGCUGGUGCGUCGACCUAUAUGCGUGAUAGUCAGCAUCUAAGGGCGUUCGACUACUUAGAGGAAUGGGAAAAGUCUAACAGUGACUGUCUCGAUGGCGAAAGCGCAGCCGUACUUCAGAACUUAAAAGAACAGCUGCAGCCCUCUUCACGCAACGGUUUGCAUUGA